CCUCGCCCUCCGCCCGCCCUUCUCCCCGCGUGCGCCCCGAGCCCCCACUCCCUUCGGCCCCCCUUGGACGGGUGGCGUGGGCGUCCGCCGCUGCCGCGCGUGCCCAGGAGCAGAUCCUCAACAACAUGAGAGAGCGCCUGCAGAAGCAGGUGCGGGAAGCGGGAAAGGUAGUCGAUUCCGCCGACGAGGGCGUGUGCAGGGCGGAGGCCCAGGUCGAGAAUUUGCACUCGAAGGGCAAGAACAUGCUCCCGGCGGACAUGAUGGCGCUUGCGGACAGAAUCGAUGCAGUCAUCAACGAGGUCAGCGACGCUCACAAAGCUGCUCAGAGGCGGCUGGACAGCAUCGCCGACUCCGCCGACAAGCAGUUCGAGGUUGACGUCAAGGCCUUCCUCAAGGCCGAGGCGAGAGUGCUCGUGGGCCGCCUGGGCCGCAUGGAGGACAGGGUCAGUAGGACCGUGAACCUCACGACGCGUUUCCGGGCACAGGCGAAGCGAAAGGACACCAAGGAGCUGGACCUCCUGCGCGUGCUGGCGAUGCGGGUUAUACGAUACAAUCAGCAGCUUCGGAAGAUCAGCCGGGACGAGAUGUUCGAUGUUAUAGACACUGGGCGCACUGGCUUCAUUUCCCAGCGCGAGUGGCUGAGCUUCUUCGAAUCCGCUGACACGGUGGUCAGGGAGCUCGACGGCCCCACGGCCGAGGAGGAGGCCCUGCGGAACGGGAACGGGCGGGCCGCCGCCGAGGUGGCGGGGUGCGCCGAGCCCGAGGGGGCCGCCGGCGCGGCGCCGGGGGCGGCGGCGGAGGCCAAAGACGAGGCCCCCGACGCUGGCAAGGAGGCGCCCAAGGAGGCGCCGAAAGAGGAGGCGAAGGAGGAGGCCAAAGAGGAGGCUGGCGAGGACAGCCAGGCCGCUGGCGCGGCCGCCCCGCCGGAGGACGCGCCCGCCGGCGCGGCCAGCCCGGCGGGCGCGAGGAGGAUUGUGCGCGAGGAGAGAAUAGACCUCAAGGUGGAGGAGCUGCGGAGGCUCUUCGCCUACCUGGUGGAGGGUGGGCAGCGGGGCAUCACCAGG